AUGAAGAGGGUGGCGGGAAGAGAGAAGGCCGAUAAAGGCAUCCAAACCGAGGCCUUCUCCUUCAUCGGUGGAGCUACGAUGGCCCAAGAGGCGAUUGAUUUCGCCUUAACGGCUACAAAGAACUUUUUGGAGGACAAGACUGCGAAGCGGCCAAGGCAGUCACCAGGUGAAGGUGCGCGGGGCGACGCCAAACGACGCGCAACCGCAAAGGUCAAGCGUCGUUUGGAAGGUGCGGGUCUGAGUGCGAAGGAUCCCGUAGGGCGUCGAUCCAAAAAGGUGAUUUAUCAGCCCAAGAAGGCGAAAGGUACCAACCGGGCGCAAAGUGUUGGGCCACAAGUCAAGGACAGAGAAGAGGCCUUGUUGGUGAAAACCGACAAGGACAGUUCUGCCGAAGUCCUCGAAUCAAUGCGGGCGGCCGAAAGCCUCUCGAAACUAGGACAGGAUGUGCGCAGCGUUAGACGCACCAAGACCGACGAAAUGAUCUUGGGGCUGAAACGAGAAUUAUGGUUCGAUACAGACAGUGAAGACGAGGAGGAAUAUGCUAAUCUUGCAAUAGAUCGUCGGCGCAUUAGAGAUACUUCCAAUCCGUUGGAUCAAACUGAAAAAUCCUUUAUUCGUUUGUUCAGGGUAUCCAAGGAGAUUUUUAAAUACCUGCUGGAUAUAAUAGAUUCGAAAAUCAAUCCAGUACAACUAUCUACAUCAGUUCCUCCGACGAUCAUGUUGGCAGCUUCCUUGAGAUUUUUCGCGGAAGGCAACUACCAAAAAGGCGUAGGAAAUGAUAGAUUUAUCGGAUUGGCGCAACCAACGAUGUCAAAGGUGUUGCAGCUCGUUUUGAACAUUAUUGAAACUGAAGUCUGUCCAGUUGCAAUUCAGUUUCCAUCCGAAGACCGCGAAAUAAAUGCGAUUAAACUUGGUUUCUACGCUAAAAUUGGAUUUCCAGGAGUAAUCGGAUGCGUAGAUGGAACUCACGUAAGCAUCAUACCUCCAGCUCGCGACAAGCACCUGUUUUACAAUCGUAAAGGAUUUUACAGUCUAAACGUUAUGUUGGUUUGUGACCAUAACUUAAUGAUUCGGUAUCUCGAUGCGAAUCACCCAGGCUCCUCUCACGAUUCAUUUGUAUGGAAUGGUAGUUCGCUGAAUCAGUUACUAUCACAGAGAUACGAAAACGGGGAGAGGAACUCCUGGUUACUAGGUGAUGCCGGCUACCCUUUGACGCCAUUUCUUAUUACCCCCUUUCGUACGGGUACAAGUACCACUGAUCGACAGACGAGGUUCAAUGAAGUGCUUUCCAAAACUCGCAUCACAGUGGAAAGAUCGAUUGGAGUGGCUAAGAAUACUUUUCGAUGCUUAUUAGGAGCAAGACAGCUAUAUUAUAAGCCUGAAAAAGCCACGUAAAUAAUAAAUGUGUGUGUUGCUCUACACAACCUUCGCAUAAAGCAUAGAAUGGAUUAUGAUGAGCCGGUAUUACAGGAUGGAGAAGGGGACGCAGAAUUACAUGGUAUGGAUGGAAAUCAAACUGAUGCGUUUAGGAUAAGAGAAGAAAUCAUGAACAAUAUUUUAUGA